CUUUUCUUCUACAACAUUCUCGUGGGAAAGAGUUACAUUCUUUUAAAUGAAAAUAGACCACUAAUAUUUUUGAAGAAAGCCUAUAUAACAUGGAAUCUUGAAUGCAUGUCACGUUACUCUCUUCUCCUUCUCUAUAUAAGAAAGGUUCUUUCCCUUCUCUCCCAAUACACACACACACACACACACACACACACACACACACACACUCAUACACAUAUAGAAACCCAUACAAACACAUAAAAAAAAUAUUUACACCCAUUUGAUCAUAUAUUAAUACAUAAUUUUUUUGGCGAAGAAAGGAAUGGGUGCAUUUGAUUAUAUCUCUAGCUUCUGUUCUUAUACAUACUCUAAUGCCAAAACCAAGCGUAAGCCAUUGCAGACAGUGGAUAUCAAGGUGAAAAUGGAUUGUGAUGGUUGUGAAAGAAGAGUUAGAAACGUGGUUCGUCGCAUGAAAGGCGUAAAAUCGGUAGAGGUGAACCGGAAACAGAGCCGGAUAACGGUGAACGGUCACGUGGACCCAAACAAGGUGUUGAAGAGAGUGAAGAGCACAGGGAAGAAGGCAGAGUUUUGGCCAUACAUACCUCAGCAUAUGGUCUACUACCCAUUUGACACUGGCAUGUGAAAACGUGCCCCCGCAGGCCACAUCCGCAACCCCACACAAGCGUUUCCAGCUGCAAACACACCUGGUGAGAACUACGUUUCACUCUUCAGUGACGACAACGUCCAGGCCGCUUGUUCCAUCAUGUGAAAUUGUGCGAACAAGAUACAUAUUAUGAUGCCCUUUUUCAAAAAAAAAAAAAAAGAUACAUAUUAUGUCUUUUUUUUGUGUGUGUGUUGUUAUACACAUCUACUUUUGGCACUAUUCAGUAUUCUCAUAUAGUAAAGGUAAUGCAGAGACUAUGUAAUACUAUAGAGACAAUUUUUGAAA